AUGCAAAAAGUAAACAAAAGAAAAAUAAGUAUACAAUCUAAAAGAGAAUUGAAAUCAUCACCUUAUGUUCAAAGUAUUUUAAAAUAUUUAAAUUAUUGUAAUGAUGAAUUUACAAGUACUUUGAGUCAUGUCGGUACGACUAGUGGUAGUGUUGGUAUCAAAAACAACAAUAUCGUUGUCAUUGAUGAUGAUGAUGAUGUAGAGGAUGACAAGCACAGUGGAGGUAGCAGUCCUUCUUUACCACUUUCACAAUCAAAGUUGAAAGAUGAUCAUAUUGUACCGGACGGUAUCUCACCUUUCGUUGCACGAUGGAUCAGACACUCUCUUGCCGCGCAAUACAACCAUCUAAGUGGUUUGAUUGAACCUCCUCAGAUUCACAAAUCAAUGGAGCGUCUAAUAGUCUAUCUACUUGGUAUUCAAAUAAUAUCUAGUAACCCAACAAACAAUCAAUCGAAAUUGAUAGACAAUGGUACAAUCUUAACAACUCCUAAUCGUAGGAAAUCAACAUCUAACAACAACAAUACAACUACAACAACGACAGCAACUACAACAUCGACAACAAAUGCAGGAAUUUCAUCAGCAGCAACUAAUAUUAUUAAAGGAAAUGAGAAUGGAUGGUGUCCAACCAAGAGUUACUUUGUCAAUGUUAAGGAGCUUAUGAGUAGAACGGCCAACUAUGCAUCGCUAGACCAGUCGGUGCCCGACGAAAUGAAUCAUAACUUCCGUUUGCUGAUGGGUAUGAUUACGAGCUGCUCGAAUCCAGACAACAGAGACCGAUUGGUACUGAAAGAUCGUGAUGGUGAAAUGCCUGUUCAACUGAGUUCGUCAUCGACACCCGUUCCCGAUAUGAUGGAUUCCAUUGUCUUUGUAACAAGUUGGAGACUUGUUGUUGUACCGUCAUCAUCACCAUCAUCUACAAAUAACUCAACAAACAACAUCUAUUCAUCUCGAAACGUUUUAACAUUAUCACAAAUUGGAUCAUCAUUGUCCACUUCUUCAACAGCUUCAUCGACAUCAUCAUUAUCAUCAUCAUCAUCUUCACCAAACAAGAAAGGAAGAUAUACAAUUCAUAUCAAAAUACUAUCGAAAUCAUCAAUCUUACCUUCUAGAAAUGGACAAUUCUUCUUUCUACAGGCAUUGAUGGUUAGUGACAGUAGUUCUGAUAAAGCAUCGAAGCAACAAGAACAAAUAUUUUAUAUUAUGUUUAGUGACGAUAUGACGAAAUGGUUUCAAUUGCUGGAUGUUGGUAAUCACUAUCUCUUGGAGAAUAUCACUGUUAAGUUGAUAUUCAGUGGUGCUCCGAAAGAAAGAAUAUUGUUCCAUGUGUAUAGCGAUACAAAGAUCUUUCACACUGCAAUUGCCAAAACAAACACACGUAUCACCCUCAACUCAGAGUCGUUACAGGCAGCCACCAAAUCCGCUCAGCAACUGCCACAUGCCAUCGACUUUGUCGGAACGAUCACUGGCGAUUUCAAAAUCGACGAAGGAUCAUACAUAAUGGACAACGGACUACGUGUAUUCUUCACGCACUACGCAUGCAAAGGUUUCUUUGGAAGUGGUAUCAGAGUUGGAACCAUCAUGAAAUUGGAGAAUGUACAUCCAAUCUAUGUAAAUAAUUCACUAGAGAAACUUUCAACCGUUCCAGCCGUCAUCGUACUUUCCUCUGUGGAACAAUUUAAAAAUGGUUAUUUAUAUGAUCAGAUUGCAUCUUCUUUUGGUAUUAAACCAGUUGCACCAUUUCAUCGAUCGGAAGAUCACUACGAUAUAUUCUUUAAUCAUGACACUCAAUGUUACUACAACAAACAAUCUUUUCAAUUCCCAGGUAUUAUAGAGAUAGCUCAAAUUCCACAACCAAAGAAUGUAACAAAAUCAGAAAGAUAUUUAAACAAUUUGAAAUAUACUUUAAUUGGAAGAUUCGAACUUGAACCACAAAGCUAUGAGUGGGGAAAAGUUUAUAUUAAAGAUGCUGACUCUUCUUUUAUGAUAUGUAAUAUUAUUGAUUUGAAUGAAUAUCAUUUAAAUUAUAUUUGGAAGAUCAAUAACUAUAUGAUAAAUCUAGAGGUCUAUCAAGAUGAACUAGGCAAUGAGAAGAAGUUGGUUUAUCUUCAGUUCUCGAUGGAUGAUUGCAAUAUGUUGGCACCGAUCGAUGUCGACAGACAUCUGUCGGCCAACUGCGACAGAGAAUCGAAAGAGUAUCAAGAGAAAUUCGAUCUACUACAACAGAACGCAAAGACAUUCCAUCAGUUGGGCUUCCUAUUCUUCAAACUCAUUGGAAAGAUCACUAGAUACGGCAAACUAUCAUUGAUUGCCAUUCUCUUGGUCGAAGGACAACCCCUAAUCAAGAUUAAUAAUGUACCGAACAAGUAUUAUCCUGCAUUACAAAUAUCAAGUUAUUACUAUGUAGAUCAGUGUUCAGAGAAGUUAUCAUCAUCAUCGAAGAGACAACAACAAUCACAACAAUCACAUAAAUAUACUCAAUUUAAAACUAUUAUAUUUAUUGAUUCUGAUGAAUCUAGAUUGACUCCACAAGAUGCUACAAUCGAUUUGAUACAUGAUUACUGUAUUCCUUUGGUAACUAUUCAGAACGAUGAUUUGUUUGACCAGAUCGAUCGAUUUGAAGUGAGAUCCGACCACUACAGUGUUAGAGAACUCUUUGAAUUGGAUGCUAUGCAACUCUACAAGAAGGAUCAAUUCAAUUUAGUUACAUUCAUUGCUUUUAUUACAAAACAAUAUAUUAAAUCAAAGAACGGUAAACUUACAUUGAUUCUAUGGUGUAGAGAUCCAAAUGAUUCACUUGGUAAAGAGAUAUGUGUUAUAUUGCAAGAUUAUCAUUAUGGAAUAGUUGAGCGUAUGGUUGUAAAGUUUACUAAUCUCUGUCUGACAACCGGUGGUGUUGGUACCAAUAACUUUUGUCACAGCAACCGAUACUCUUACUACAAUGUGUUGUCAUCUGAGAAUGAACGUAUCUCUGCUGACAAUCAUAGUACUUCUAGUAAUAGUCCUUUAAUUGCUCACCGUAUUACUAUAAAUGAUCAACAACAACAACAACAACAACAAGCAACAACAAGUACAACAACAAUGAAAAGAAAAUCAACAACUACCAACAACAACGAUGACUAUGAUUAUGAUUAUGAUGAUAAUAAUAAUAGUAGUGAUAAUAGUGAUACAAAGACAAGAGAAGAAGCUUUUAAACUCAUUGAACUAUUUGAUUAUGAUCAAAGAAAAGAAGAAGUGUCGUCGCCAAGCAACGAACAAUCAUCUUCCAAUUCUACUACUUCUUCAUCUUCCAAUUCACCGUUUCCCUUUAAAGGGUUUGGUAGUGAUCGUCCUAUUAAAAAGCAAAGAUUCAAUAGGUAUGGUGAUGAUGAUGUUGCCGCAACAACUACAACAACUACAACAACAUCUGCAUCUACAAUGACUUCAAAUAGUAGUCAUAACUAUGACGGAGGUUACGAUGAUAAUCUACCUACCUACGAUUAUUCGAAACCAUUGCUAUUGGCAGAUGUAAAUAGAUCGAUACCUCCAAAGACAUUAUGUAGAGUGGUAGCCGAUAUUACCAAUAUCAUUUAUGUAGAUAUUUCUUAUUCAUGUAGUGAAUGUGAACAACCAAUAACAUCGACCAAAUGUAAAUGUAAAUGGGAGAGACAGGAUAUUGCUAAUUGCAAAUUUAUCGGAAGCAUGGAGUGUGAAGUAUCUGAUGGCAGUUCAGUCAAAUCGAUUGUUGUUAAUGAUGAAGAGAUCAUAGAAAAGAUAUUGAACAUACCUCACCAACAUAUGAUUAAAAUUAAAAGUCAACUGAUCAAAGCUAAAAAAGUUGGUUUGUGGGCAAAAUCAGAAGAGGUAUUGAAAUCUAUGAAAUACAGUGAAUCUGAAUCGAUUGACUUGGUCAGUGCCAAAGCUUGGAAAGAUGAUCAAACGAAAUUUAAAACCUAUCGACUCACUGUCAACAAGGGAAAUACUUUCGGUAACAUCCUAAUCUGUCAUAAAUUGGAACUGGUCAACAGUCGAGAUCAAGCAUGGUCCGUAAUGGAUUUCGUCAAUCAAUCAUUUAAUAAUAUGAUUUCUUGA